UAGCCACUGGCUCAGUAUUUGGAUGCCAAGCUGACAGGAGCAACAGAUUGCUGCUGAGCUCACUAAAAAGUUUCGUGCCUUAUUGUUUAUAUCAUUUGGAGCUUCGAUACGGUGUUUUGAGGAAUACUUUGGAGACUGCCUUUGGAUGGCUAACUAAAUCUUUUUUUUGGAAACAUAAAGGGACACUGCCACGGACGACAAUUAACUGUAUUUGCCCCAUUGAAAGAGUUGUAAGGGGCUCUAUAGAUCUGUGUUGGGAUUUGAUCGAGCCGUAGGGAGUAUCAGCGGCAACAAUGAAAGCCCCCCAGCGGAGUAGCACUUCGGGACGCACUGACCAAAUGCUGGGAGCCAUGGCAGAUAUUCUCAGCUCCUUCGCCCUCCCAAGUCACCAGUGGCUGUCUGAUUCGAGUGCAGAAGUUGCUAACACUGAAGAACCAGUUCCUAGUGAUGAUGAUGAGGAGGAGGAGGAAGAUGUUCAGGAAGGAGACAUUCAACAGGAUUUUGAUAAUGCCAGAAGCAGGCCUGAUACGUUUGACAUUUCCCCUUCUGAAGUUCAGAGUCCUCAGACACCCAAAUUACUAUUCCCCAGUGGCUCUCGCUGUUUAUCAGAAUUCCGCAGCUAUGUAGAGGCAGAAUGCUUGCUCCCAUCCGCAAAAGAGCCCUAUGCAGUUGCAAGCAGUGAUGGCAGUAUCUCGACAUCAGUGGCCUCCCUCCAACCCCAGCCAUCUACAAGUUCAGCACCCAGCUCUCCCAAUACCAAACGAUCGGUGAGCACACUAAAGAAAUGGCUGACUAAUCCUGUUCGCAAGUUAAGCAGUGGUGCAAAGGUUGAGAGGCAAGUGAAAAAGUUAGAGUCCAGACCCAAACGGGGAUCAGAGAGCAUAAAAGGCACAGAUGAAGGGAGAAAAAGCAUUGACUUAGGGAUGCUGAACAAGCAGGAAGAGUCAGCUUCCAUGUUCCAAGAUCUCAAAGGCAUGGAAUGGAAGGACAGUAUAUCUACCAGUAGGCUAUACAGUGGCGAUAGUAGUGCAGAGCCCUCAUUUUUCACCGAGCUUCUGCAGAGCGAGAGCAUCGAACAGCAGUCCACGACUUUGAAGAAACAGCAAAUAACAUGCUUAAUGCACCAGGAUCAACUUGUGUCGUAUCUAAUGGAGGACCAAGAUGAUACCACUGCUGCUCCCCAGGAUGAGCUCUCCAGCCAGUCAUCUUUGACAAUAGAUAGUGAAGAAGAAAGGAAGAGUGCCUUAGAAAAGAGUAUGUAUGUUCUCAGGGAAUUAGUCGAAACCGAAAAGCUCUACAUCAUUGAUUUGGGUCAUAUCGUUGAGGGUUACAUGGCAACCAUGAAUAAGAAGGGCAUUCCAGAGGAUAUGAAAGGAAAGGAUAAGAUUGUGUUUGGGAACAUCCAUCAGAUCUAUGACUGGCAUAAGGACUAUUUUCUUGGAGAACUUGAGAAGUGCAUCGAGGAGCCGGACAGACUAGCCACGCUGUUUAUAAAACAUGAGCGACGAUUGCACAUGUACGUGGUUUACUGUCAGAACAAACCCAAGUCUGAACACAUCGUGUCAGAGUACAUUGAUACCUACUUUGAAGAGCUGAAACAGCAGCUAGGCCACAGACUGCAGCUCAACGAUUUGCUUAUCAAGCCAGUGCAGAGGAUUAUGAAGUACCAGUUACUUUUAAAAGAUUUCCUCAAGUACUUCAGAAAAGCAGGAAUGGAUACAGAUGAGUUAGAGAAAGCUGUAGACGUCAUGUGUUUUGUACCAAAACGUUGCAAUGAUAUGAUGAAUGUUGGACGCUUACAAGGAUUUGAGGGCAAAAUCACAGCUCAGGGAAAACUGCUACAGCAGGAUACAUUUUAUGUUGUGGAACAGGAUUGUGGAUUGCUGUCACGAGGCAAGGAAAGGCGAGUCUUCCUCUUUGAACAAAUCGUAAUUUUCAGUGAUCCCAUUGACAAGAAGAAAGGAUUUUCACUGCCAGGAUAUAUCUUCAAGAACAGUAUCAAGGUCAGUAGUCUAGGAUUUGAAGAUUGUGUUGAUGGUGACCCUUGUAAAUUUGCACUAACAUCACGUGGGGCAGACAGAAGUAUUGUAAGAUACAUCCUACAGACAUCCACACCAGAAAUACGGAUGGCCUGGAUUGCAGAUAUCAGCCAGAUUUUAGAAACACAACGCAACUUCCUGAAUGCCCUUCAGUCUCCUAUUGAGUACCAGCGUCGGGAGAGCAAAUCCAACAGUUUGGGAAGACCUACAAGUAGCAGACCAACCUUGACCACAUCGGCCACAAUGAGACCUCACUCAUCUGCCUCCAUGGAGAGAAACAGGCUACCAAACCUGAAGUCCUACAAUGCCUCACUUCCAACACUUUACCUGCCUAGCAAUAGCAGCCGGGAGCAGGACUGCAUAGCCAAGAACCUGACUUUGCAGUCCGGACAAUCAGACAGAAGUUUUACUCCAUCACCAGGUGCUCUAACCCCCACUCACAUAAAUCUCGACUUCACGGAAUGUUCUCCGACCUCACCAAAGCAGUUGUCGAAUGGAAUGUCUCUGACAGUUCCUGUGAACAGACAGACAAUCGGUAUACCGCCCCAUCGACAUUCCAGAUCACCUGAAGGUCAGGAUGCCAGCCCAGGAGAAGAAGCGGAUUCACGUUUAGUAAGCCUGUCAAUGCUUGAUGAAGAUGAGCUGUAAACGUGUGGCGUUGUACAUUUCUGGAUCUGGGACAGGAAACAGGGACCUGCUUUACAAGACUUGUAACAUACAGCUGCUUGCAAUGUCUGUCUGCCACCUGUACUGGCUGCUUAUUGGAUAUAACUGGGUUGUCAAUACAGAAUUAUUCAAAACCGGAUAUCUAGCCUGUUAGACCUGGAUUACGUGCUCCUAGGGUGUGAAAUUGAUUGAUGUUCAGUGCAGAAGGCACUAACGUUACAGAGCAGGUCAAAGACAGCUUUAUUCAGAUUGGUGGCCUUUUUCUCUGUGGUGAACUUGAGUGCAACCUCAUCAUAUGGCCAAAGUUUGGGUAUUGCUGGAAUGUAGCAUACUGUAUAUGGGGAUGAACAAGCAGUUGUGAAGGACAAAAGGAGCCAUAAGCAAAGCAAACGUUUGGGGAAAUGCCUUUCUAUAGUCCUUGGGUUAUUUGUUCUUCACAUUUUCAGCUUUAUUUAAGCUGUUUUACAUUAAAGCUGAAAGUUAUCCAAACAA